AGCUCAGUAGUUGUGGCUCACGGGCCUAGUUGCUCCGCGGCAUGUGGGAUCUUCCCAGACCAGGGCUCGAACCCGUGUCCCCUGCAUUGGCAGGCAGAUUCUCAACCACUGCGCCACCAGGGAAGCCCCCUGGCUGGGUUUGAACAGAGACCUGAAGGAAAUAGAGGUGACGCUGCCUGGGAGCAGCGCGUCCCGGACAGGCUGGGGAGAGCUGGCAAGGACUUGCAGCCUCGGCACUGCUGACAUUUUUUUUGUUGUGGGGACUGUCGUGUGAGCUGUAGGAUGUUUAGCAGCAUCCCUGACCUUUACUCACUGGAUGUUAGUACACUCCCCAGCUGAGACAACCGAAAAUGUGCCCAGACAUUGCCAGAUGUCCCUUAAGAGACGGAAUGUCCUGGUUGAAGAAAGAGUAAGGGCGCCGGUGCAGCAGGAGCGCAGGAGCCGGAGGCCUAGGAUAGGCAAUGGGCUCAGCAGAGGAGCUGCGGGGUCACACUCCCUGCGCUUCCUCUUCAUGGGUGCCUCCGAGCCAGACCUUGGGCUGCCCCUGUUUGAGGCCUUGGGCUACGUGGACGACCAGCUGUUCGUGUCCUACGAUCACGAGAGUCGCCGUGUAGAGCCUCGUGCCCCGUGGCGCUGGGGCAGGGCCACCAGCCAGCUCUGGCUGCAGCUGAGCCAGAGCCUGAAAGGCUGGGAUCACAUGUUCAUCGUGGACUUCUGGACCAUCAUGGACAACCACAACCAAAGCAAGGUAACGAAGCUGGGAGUGCUGCCAGAGUCCCACACCCUGCAGGUGAUCCUGGGCUGUGAGGUGCAAGAGGACAACAGCACCAGAGGGUUCUGGAAGUACGGGUACGAUGGGCAGGACCAUCUUGAAUUCCGCCCUGAGAUGCUGGAUUGGAGAGCAGCAGAGCCCAGGGCUCAGACCACCAAGCUGGAAUGGGAAGUGAACAAGAUUCGGGCCAAGCAGAACAGGGCCUACCUCGAGCGGGACUGCCCAGAGCAGCUGCGGCGCUUGCUGGAGCUGGGGAGAGGGGCCCUGGACCAGCAAGCACUUCCUUUGGUGAAAGUGACUCAUCACGUGGCCUCUGCAGUGACCACUCUACGGUGUCAGGCUCUGAACUUCUACCCCCAGGACAUCACCAUGAGGUGGUUGAAGGACAGGCAGCCACUGGAUGCCAAGGACGUUGAGCCUGAGGACGUGCUGCCCAACGGGGACGGAACCUACCAGGGCUGGGUGGCUUUGGCCGUGCUCCCUGGGGAAGAGCAGAGAUACAGCUGCCAGGUGGAACACCCAGGCCUGGAUCAGCCCCUCACUGCCACCUGGGAGCCCUCGCUGUCUGGCACCCUGGUCACUGGAAUCAUCAGUGGAAUUGCUGUCUGUAUCAUCCUCUUCCUUAUUGGAAUUUUGUUCAGAAUCUUGAGGAGAAGGCAGGCUUCCAGAGGAGCCGCAGGGGACUAUGUCCUAGCCGAAUGUGAAUGAAGUGCAGCCUGCAGACUCCUUGUGGGGAAAGAGAGGGUGCACUUGAGGCAUUCUUCAUGUUUCCGGACAGCUGGACCUAAGAAAUAGGAACUGUCUCAGGAAUUCUCUGCUUUUAGCCUUCCCCGUUCACUGUCAAAACGUUCCCCAUCUAGGUUUCUGAGUUCCUGCUUGUUAAAGGGCCCCAGUUGUGACCUCUCCCCGAGAACUGAUUCUCCUGAAUCCCAAGCUGCAUCUAGAGCCUGCCUUCAUUUCCUGCAUCACCUCAGACUCCAUACACCUACGUCAUCUCAUCUCCUAAUGGUGGAAUGAGGCUCCUUAAAUUUGGGGGGACUUGUGAUUCCUUUAAACAUCUGAGAAUAGCUUUGAACCUUCUCCUCGGGACAUACACUCUAAUACCCCUACCAGAAUUUGACACACACAUCCAGGCAUUUCCUGGACCCACUCAAGUUUCCUUUUAACCCUCUCUCUGUUAUGCAAAGAACUCACCUGUCUCCAAGCCCCAUGGUCUCUUCCAUCAGAGGGAGACCUGGACCUUUGUACAGCGUGAAGGUUGUGCACUGCACAACCCGAGGAGGCACCUUUCCCAGAAGAGGCAUCAUGGAUGUUUGUGCGCAUUAUGAUAGUCUUCCCAAAAAUGGGUGGGAAGUGUCUUGAGGAGGGAAUGUCUUUUUCUAAUUUGCACAAAGGUGCCAUGUAGGUUUCCUUAGGUUAAUGAUACCCGCACUUACAAUGCCAGACUUGAAGUAGCACAGGAUUUGAUCUCUGCUCACACCCUCUCCUUGUUCUGACAAUGAAAAUGAUAAUUAAGAUGAUGACGAUAAUGCUAAGGUGGCUGACACUUAUUUAUAAAGCUCUUCCUUGGUGCCAGACUUAGUUCUGAGUGCCUACUUACAUACAUUAUCUCAAUAGUUCUUUGAUGUAAGUACUAUUAUCCUCUUUUUUUUUUUAAGAUGAAGAAAGUGAAAUAAAAAGUAGAGUAUCUCACAGCUUGCCAGGGACAGAGACAGGUCUCAAACUCAGUCAAUCUGGCUCUUUGAUCCAGCUCUUUGGCGCUGUAUUCAGAUGGUUAGAUGCCUGGAGUAAAUGGGGAAGGAAGGAGAUGGCUGUGGAGAUAGCUCUUCUCUUGUCUCAUUGUCUAUAUUCUCGGUGAGUUCGACCCAAAUGAAGGGAAAAAGCAGCAGAAAACAAUAUCAGCCCUGUUUCCUUUCAAAGUCCCUGAGGGAAGAACCCUGGAAUGUGACGCCUGUUGCCACCACCGGCCAGCUCUAUCUGGCAUCACUCAUGGGACUGUGAGUGGGGGUGUCAAUUAGUUACUGUGUUGGACCUCACAGUGUCCUGCUCCAAUCAGGACCACCAGGGUGGAGGCAUUUCCCUCCAAAAACUGGAGCAACUUCUCUCAUAUUAAAGAUAGAAAACUAGAAGCCACCAAGUGGCCUUGGUCAGCACCAAGAUGCUGACCCCAGCAUCUUCCUGGGGUCCUUGAGAGUCUGGUUCUCAUCCCCAGCUGUGCACGUUCAAAAAAUUAAUCUAACCAGGUCACUCAGGAAUUAGUCGAUUCUGGGAAAAUAAUUUGUCUGACCAUAUUCAAAAGAGUACUAAUAUAUACAUGCAGGAAACUUGUGUUUACUUUGUGCUGCCACGUGUAUUUGGCGGCAUAACUGUGAACAAGGCUUUCUGUCUUGGAGGGCAGCUGCCUCAGACCAAAUACAGCUCAAACAUUUGUUUGGUAGAUAUUGAACUCGGGCAAAGAGAUCUCAACUAUUUUUUUAAACUUUUCUUUUUUUGCAGUUCCCAAAGUUAAGUGGAUAAAAGUAUAUAGGAUUUGUGCUUACUACAGAAAAGUUGAAAAUGAAUUAAAUUGAAACUAUUAUUCCAUUAGCCAGUAAUAAAGUCUAUUAAAAAUUUGCGUAUUUCCUCUCACUAUUAUUGCUAUAUUAAAAUAUAUAAAAUUAGUAGAUACAUAUAUUUUAAUAAAUGCAUAAUUCAUUGUGUUGUGUA